CUUCUUAACUCCAGUAAUCUCUUUUUUUGUCUGUAUCUUAUUCUUUUAAUCGUUUCUGAUCAUCUAUCGCAGAAUGUCCUGGCUCUCGAUCUCCAAGUCGUCUCCCUUCUCUCUCGCCAAUAUCCCCUUUGGCAUUAUCUCUACCGCCAAAAGCACAGCUCAUGUCCCAGCCAUCGCCAUCGGAGACUACGCGCUGGACCUGAGCGUGUUCGCAUCUUCCGGGGGUUUCUCUCCGCUGACAGACUUUGCUCGCCAUCUAGAUGUGUUUCAACAACCGACUCUAAAUGCCUUUGCUGCUCUGGGCCGUCCUGUGCACCGUCAGGUCCGCGAGUACCUGCAGAAUGUCUUAAGGGACGACACCUCGUACCCACAGGUACUGAAGAACAACGCGGUGCUACAGAAGGAGGCUCUUCUCCCUCUGUCGGAGGUGACGAACCACCUCCCGCUUCAGAUCGGCGAUUACACGGAUUUCUACGCCGGUCUGAACCACGCGUACAACCUUGGUGUGAUUCUUCGCGGACCCGACAAUGCUCUGCAGCCCAAUUAUAAGCAUUUGCCAGUCGGAUACCAUGGCCGAGCAUCGUCGGUGGUCGUCUCGGGGACGCCCAUCCGGCGGCCAAACGGGCAGAUCCUGACGAACCCGAGCGCCACUCCCAAGGUGCCGGUGUUUUCUCCCAGCAAGAGACUGGACAUCGAGCUUGAAUUAGCGGCGUUUGUGUCUCGACCGAACCAGAUGGGCGAACCUGUGCCUAUUGACGAGGCGGAGGAUCAUAUUUUCGGUCUGGUGCUGAUGAAUGACUGGUCGGCGCGCGAUAUCCAGGCGUGGGAAUACGUGCCGCUGGGGCCAUUCUGUGCCAAAAACUUUGCCACAACCAUCACUCCCUGGGUAGUUUUACUAGACGCUCUGGAGCCCUUCCGUGCUCCCGGGUUGGAGCCGGGCGACCGCGAGUCUUUGUUCCCCUAUCUGCGGGAGAAACGUGCGGUGAACGCGUACGACAUCCCGCUCGAGUUUGAGCUGAAGACCGCGCAGGGAAGCUCGACGGUGGUUUCUCGCUCCAACGCGAAAAACCUUCUCUUUUCCUUUCCGCAGAUGCUGGCCCACCACACCAUCACGGGCUGUAAUAUGAACCCUGGUGAUCUGCUGGGCAGCGGGACCAUUUCCGGCACCGAGUCGGGUGCUGAGGGGAGUCUCGUCGAGCAGACAAGAGGGAAGAACCCGAUCACGCUGGCGGACGGAUCGCAGCGAAUCUUCCUGGAAGAUGGGGAUACGGCAAUUCUCCGUGGCACAGCGGGCGAGGAGGGUAGCUACGUGGGAUUUGGGGAUUGUGUUGGCACGAUUCUGCCUGCUCAUGUUGUCUAGAAGCCGAAAUACCUGAUAAUGACAGUAGCUAGUACUAGAUAUAUGAAAAUGGAUAC